AUGGAGUCAGGAGGAGUGUCCCGGACGGCCACGCCCUCGGCGCGGCCCAACGGCACCGGUGCCGCCGCCGCCACGAACAGCAAGCCCAUGAAGAUCUGCGUCUACUGCGGCUCCUCGGGCGGCAAGAACCCGGCUCAUCUCGAGGCGGCCCGCGAGCUCGGCACCCUCAUGGCCAAGAAGAACAUCAACCUCGUCUACGGCGGCGGCACAGUCGGCCUCAUGGGCGAAGUCGCCCGGACGAUAGUGGCCAUCAACGGGCCCGACGCCGUGCACGGCAUCAUCCCCGAGGCGCUGGUCAAGUGGGAGCGCGACGACGCCACGUACGCCACGUACGACCGCGAGAGGGGCUACUACGUGCCCGACGCGGCCGUGUACGGGCGCACGACGGUGGUCAAGGACAUGCACACGCGCAAGUACCUGAUGGCCAAGGAGAUUGCCGACGCGGCGCCCGGCUCGGGCUUCGUCGCCCUCAGCGGCGGCUACGGCACCAUGGAGGAGCUCAUGGAGACGGUCACCUGGAACCAGCUCAACAUCCACCAGAUGGGCGUCUGCGUGCUCAACGUCGACGGCUUCUACGACGGCCUGCUCGCCUGGAUCAAGACGGCCGUCAGGGAGGGCUUCGUGCGCAAGGAGAAUGCCGACAUCAUGGUCACGGCCACCACGGCGCAGGGCGCCAUCGACGCCCUCGGCAACUACAAGGUCUCAAAGGACCAGUAUAACUUGUCCUGGGGCACCCUGGGAGCUGUCAAUAUCACGGACGAGCCUUCGAACGCUCACCUGAGGUAG